UAUCUGAUCAUUCUACAACCCUAAUGAUUGAAGAUAUUGUUGACUUAACGACUGAAAAAAAUUCUAGGCCUUCUGUAGAGAUGGCUCAAGCUGUUACUUCUGCUGAUUUGGAUUAUGAUCUUCAUGAUAUAUUAAAUCAUUUUUUAGAAUAA